GAUCCUUUUGAUCCAGCAAACACUGUAAUUGUGAUUCGCUCAUUAGUUCCUGGAGGUGUGGCCGAGAAAGAUGGCAGACUUCUUCCUGGAGAUCGGCUUAUGUUUGUCAACGAUAUCAACUUGGAAAAUGGCAGCCUGGAGGAAGCGGUACAAGCACUGAAAGGAGCCCCAGCAGGAACAGUUAAAAUAGGAGUUGCCAAACCACUGCCCCUGUCACCAGAGGAGGGCUAUGUCUCUGCUAAGGAAGAUUGCUUUUUCUACACUGCCCAGUCACUUGAGGAGGAGGGGCCAGCUGAUGCAGCCCUCUUCCAUGCUGAGCUGGCUCUGGUGGACUCCGGCGAGGCAGAUCUAGCGGAUGAGUCCACAUUUGAAUCGCAAUAUUCUGUAGAGAGUGACACCUUCCAGGCUUCAAUGAUGGCUCUGCAUGGCAGUGCCUGUAGCGGUGAGCUGAACUACAACUUCCCUCUUCCAUCAUCAACUCCCAAGUCUGUUGGAGAGGAAUGUUCAAAUGCUGCAGGUGAUUUCCGUGUGUCUGACAAGAGUCCGUACAACAUGGAUCUGAAUGAGAAGGAGAGAGAGCAAAACUCUGUAGCGAACAAUAACAUGGAAACUGCAACUGGUUUUACUAAAAAGGAUCUUCUGCCUCUGGAUGUCUCGGAUAUCAGUCAAAAUGAAAGUGAAAACACAGCAACAUGGACUGGAUCUAAGACAACAGCAGAAAUUGCACUAAGUACAAGCCUUGCUUCUGCCAUGCAGCUUGAUCCCACUGGAAAAGAUCAAAUGAUGUUAAUGGAGAAGAGAUGCCCAGUAUCUUUGGAGGGAAGUUCCACAACCCCAAAUUCUAUCAAAAACAUGUAUGAGAAGACCAUCGCUAUUGCAAAAGGCAAUUCAAGUCUAGGGAUGACAGUAAGUUCCAAUAAAGAUGGCUCAGGAAUGAUAGUCCGCAGUGUCAUCCAUGGAGGGUCAAUAAGUCGUGAUGGACGGAUUGGUGUGGGGGACUGCAUCCUGUCCAUUAAUGAAGAGUCAACCACUAACUUAACCAAUGCACAAGCACGGGCUAUGCUAAGGAGGCAUUCGCUGAUUGGACCAGAUAUAAAUAUUACGUAUGUGCCAGCGGAAAAUUUAGACGAAUACAGGGCCUGUUUGGGACAACAAACAGAGGGAUCUGGGCCACUUGAACUUUUUCCUUCACAUACUGUCAGGGAACUCCCAGAGCUUCCAGAACGUGAAGAGGGGGAGGGAGAAGAAAGUGAACUUCAAAAUGCGGCUUUCAGUAACUGGAACCAGCCCAGAAAAGUUGAACUCUGGAGAGAGCCUAGCAAGUCACUGGGGAUCAGCAUUGUUGGAGGUCGAGGGAUGGGGAGCCGCCUCAGUAAUGGAGAGGUGAUGAGAGGGAUCUUUAUCAAGCACAUCCUGGAAGACAGCCCAGCUGGCAAAAAUGGAACACUGAAAACCGGAGAUCGGAUCGUGGAGGUGGAUGGAAUUGACCUCAGAGAUGCCAGCCACGAACAAGCUGUGGAAGCCAUACGGAAGGCAGGCAAUCCAGUAGUCUUUAUGGUACAGAGCAUUAUAAGCAGACCAAGGGCAUUCAGUCAGUCUGAUUUAGAGCCAGAAAAGACUUCGCUCUGUAACUUGCCUCUGCCCCCUCCUUCAGCAUUUUCAGGAAUGAGCUGUGAUGUUGCACAGUCAUCUUCUAUCAGAGUCCAAGAGGAUGUGGAGAAGGAAGAUGAGUUUGGUUACAGCUGGAAAAAGAUCGUGCAACGCUAUGGAAAUCUACCGGGUGAGCUACACAUGAUUGAGCUGGAAAAAGGAAGGACAGGUCUGGGACUUAGUCUUGCUGGUAACAAAGACCGAUCCAAGAUGAGUGUCUUUAUAGUGGGAAUUGAUCCAAAUGGAGCAGCUGGAAAGGAUGGCAGGUUGCAGAUUGCAGAUGAGUUACUAGAGAUAAAUGGGCAAAUACUGUAUGGAAGAACUCAUCAGAAUGCUUCCUCAAUAAUCAAAUGUGCACCAUCCAAAGUGAAAAUAAUCUUUGUCAGAAAUAAAGAUGCAGUAAAUCAGAUGGCUGUUUGCCCAGCAAAGUCAGUAGAGCCUUCACAGGGUACUUCAGGGACACUUCAGCAUCAAGAGAUCGGUAUCAGUGCCGCAAACUCCAGUGCUUGUUCUGACUUGAGUUCAUGUAAAAACAUUCAGUAUGUGGAACUCCCUAAGGAUCAAGGAGGUUUGGGAAUUGCCAUUAGUGAAGAAGACACAAUUAAUGGAGUAGUUAUUAAGAGCUUAACAGAUCAUGGUGCAGCAGCAAAGGAUGGACGAAUCAAAGUUGGAGAUCAGAUCCUGGCAGUGGAUGAUGAAAUUGUUGUGGGAUAUCCAGUAGAAAAGUUUAUUAGUCUCCUGAAGACUUCCAAAGCUAUGGUGAGGCUUACAAUCAACUCAGCAGAGACGGAUAGCCUGACCACAGCACCAGCGCCUUCCAGCACUGCCCCAGCAGAGAGGAGGAAUAUGCAGCCACUGUCAACAGUUCCCUCUUCCAGCUCACCAGAACCAGAAGCAGUCAAAAAUACAAGCAGAUCUUCGACUCCAGCCACGUUAGCCUCUGAUCCAGCUACUUGUCCCAUCAUUCCUGGUUGUGAAACAACCAUUGAUAUCUCCAAAGGGCGGACUGGUCUUGGUCUGAGCAUCGUUGGAGGAGCAGACACUUUGCUGGGAGCAAUCAUUAUCCAUGAAGUAUAUGAAGAAGGAGCAGCAUCUAAAGAUGGGAGACUGUGGGCCGGGGAUCAGAUAUUAGAGGUGAACGUGAUUGUCCUCAGUAAUGCCACACACGAUGGAGCAAUAAAUGUGCUCCGACAGACUCCCCAGAAAGUUCGUCUGACUGUGUACAGAGAUGAGGCCCAGUACAAGGAGGAAGAUAUGUAUGAUGUACUCAAUAUAGAGCUCCAAAAGAAGCCUGGCAAAGGCCUUGGGCUGAGUAUUGUUGGGAAAAGAAAUGACACAGGGGUGUUUGUGUCAGACAUCGUGAAAGGAGGAAUAGCAGAUACAGACGGGAGAUUGAUGCAAGGAGACCAGAUAUUGACAGUGAAUGGAGAAGAUGUUCGAAAUGCUAACCAGGAGGCUGUUGCAGCUUUGCUAAAG